UAACGUUCCAACUAAGUGGGUGUGCGUUUAUCGCCGUAUUGGGAUGUGGAUGAGAGAAGCGUGGCGACCAUCUUAUUCACAUUUUACAAAAUAAUCUAAGAAAAAAUAUUAAGACUAUAUUAAAAAAAAUAGCUCCCAUUUACAGUGAAUGUAGAGAGAGGUAUUCAUAUUAACAAUUCAUGGCACUGAGAAUGUGGGCAUCCCAGGCUGCAUCGACUCUCAGAAUUGGGUGUAGAAGGCCUCUUGGGUUUCCCACCAUUCCUUUCUCUCGGGGAUUUUCUCAAGUUAUUGAGGGGCUGAAGUAUGCACAGUCCCAUGAAUGGGUGAAACCAGAAGGUCAAGUUGGUACUGUAGGCAUAACUCACCAUGCUCAGGACCACUUGGGUGAGGUGGUGUUUGUAGAAUUGCCGGAAGUUGGAGCAGUAGUUUCAAAGGGUGGUAGUUUUGGUGCAGUAGAAAGUGUAAAAGCAACAAGCGAUAUUAAUGCUCCUGUUUCUGGGGAAGUAGUUGAAGUCAACUCAAAGCUGAGUGAGACUCCUGGAUUGAUUAAUCAAAGCCCAUAUGAGGAUGGAUGGAUCAUAAAAGUGCGUAUUCAGGACAUGUCAGAGAUGGACGCAUUAAUGAAUGCAGAGAAAUACACCCAUUUCUGUGAAGAAGAGGAUGCCAGCCAUUGAUCUAUUCUUUAGUUUCUCUUUUGGCUUCUCUUUUGCUAGGAACAAUGGUGAGCUAGGAGGGUUCUUUUCAGAUAUGAAAUUGGACUCUUAUGAGAUUAUCAAUGUGUGAUAGAAGUUCUGUUUGCUUCUUAACAGGGCUAUGACACUGAACAUACAACUUUUCCCUUCAAAAAUGUCAUGUUUGAUUUGGAGCAUGCUUUUUUCCUAAGUAAUUAGGUUGAUUUCAAGGCAAUACUGUGAUGAUAAGAUUUUAUCUGUUAUGUAAAUUUAUAGUCUGUUGAUCAAUCAUGCAGUUUCCAUCUUCCUGCAGAUAUUCAAUUCA